UAUCCUGCUCGUAUGAUUCACCUCCAAUAAUCUUUUAGUUCAUGCACAGUGCCAGGGGGAUCGGUGUCCAGGUAACAUCUCUAUUGAGAUCCUAAUGGGCAGAUGAAAGCAUGGAUCACAUCGGUGUCGGACUGGUGUGCGCUCUGCUCCUACUGAUCCAGUGUGGCAAUGGAGCAGAUCUGGUUAUAACAAGUCCAGAUCCUUCUCCAACCGUACGGACUGGAGAUCCCAUCAACCUGACCAUUUCCUACAGCUCAACUCCCAGAAUGAUAAUGUGGACGGCCAAUGGCAGUCUUGUGGUUUUAUGGCAGAAUGGAGCACAAUAUCCUGCUGCCAAUUACAAGACCCGGAUGGUGCUACAGGAAAAAGAUAUACUUCUCAAGGAUUCCACCACGGAAGACUCCGGAGAAUACAUGGUCCAAGUUACUGAUACAAAUGGUGAUUCUGGUAACUUUACAUUCAAUGUGGCUGUCAAAGACAGAGUCCAGGAAAUCCAAAGUAAUGACACAGGCAUAUAUAAAAUGGGGGAAAAUAUCAGUCUGACCAUCUGGUAUGACGGGAACCCAUUAGGAAUAUUUUGGAACUAUAACGGUGACCCGUUCGCCAUUAGAUUAGAGGCAUACAACUACACUUCUACCAGAUUUAAAGAACGAAUGAUCCUCAAAGAGAGUGGAUCUCUGCUAAUUUAUAACACCACGAAUGAGGACGCAGGAAACUACUCUAUCACCGUGGCAACAACUAUUGUCCCCGGCUCACGGACAUUUCAGGUUAAAUUCUUUGACCUCAUAACGAAUGUGACGGUGCUACAAACACCAGCGAUCGUAAUUGAGAGUACCCCUGGUGUGAAUCUAUCCUGCGGGGCCUCCUCCGGUUCCGGAUCUGUGACAUGGCAGAAGGAUGGUCAGCCAUUGAGUAAUGAUAGUUCACAUGUUCUACUAGACUGGGCCCUUCAGAUAUUGAAACCAAACAGAACUUUCUCGGGGAAGUAUAGCUGCAACAUGUCUAACCCGGUCAGCUGGAAUGUCGGCUCCAUAGCGAUGACCGUAUACUUCCCGGUGGAGAGUGUUACAGUGACCCAGUCGCUCCAGGUGGUGAGUGAGAGCAGCCCUGCUGUGAAUCUUAGCUGUAGCACCUCUAGUGGCAACAGUGAGGCAGUGACAUGGACAAAGGAUGGGCAGCCUAUAAUUACUAACAUCACCCACAUUCUAUUGGAUGGGAAUCAGACUCUUCAGAUAACAGAACCCAAGAGGACGUUCAGUGGAAACUAUAGCUGCAACAUGUCCAACGCGGCCUACUGGAGUUGGGGGUUCCUCCAGCUCCGUGUCUAUGACCCGGUGGUGAAUGUUGCAGUGACACAAUCACCCCAGAAGGUGAAUGAGGGUGCGGCCCUUGUAAAUCUAAGCUGUAGCGCCUCUAGUGGCUAUACAGAAAUGGUGACAUGGAUGAAGGAUAACCAAUCGGUGAUCAGCGAGAAUCCCUACAGCCUGUUAGAUGAGAAUCGGACUCUCCAGAUAAUGAAACCCAACAGGACAUUCAGUGGACUCUAUACCUGCAACAUAUCCAACGCAGCCUACGGGGAUUCUGGAAGCCUAAAUCUCACCGUCUCGUGUAAGUAAUAGUAAAACACAGUU